AGCUUGUACAGCAGAGGGUGAGUGCUGCCACUCUCAGUGUCUGGGCAGCUGCACGGUACCUGGCAGCGACACUGCAUGUGCCGCGUGCGUGCACUACUACCACGAAGGGCGCUGUGUGGCUGACUGCCCUCCACACACGUACAGGUUCGAAGGCUGGCGGUGCAUCAGCAAAGAUCUCUGCUCCAAAGUCCACCUCCCGGACUUUGACACCUUCGUCAUCCACGGAGGAGAGUGCCUUCCUGAAUGUCCAUCUGGGUUCACACGAUCUGCAGCCGCCAGCAGUAUGAAGUGUACAGCCUGCGAUGGGCUGUGCGAUAAAGUGUGUGAGGGGAAGGAGAUCGACUCCAUGGAUGCUGCCCAGUCUCUCAAAGGAUGCACCGUUAUCAAAGGCAACCUGCAAAUCACCAUCCGCAGAGGCCAUGACAUCAUGGCAGAGCUGGAGAGCUUCACUGGUUUGAUCCAGAGGGUAACGGGUUAUGUCCGGAUCACAAAUUCGCACACGCUGAGCUCUCUGGCAUUCCUUCGUAGCCUCAGAUACAUCGAUGGAGAAAACCUUCUAGAAGACAUGUAUGCUUUCUCAGCAAACAACAACCAGGAGCUCCAGUAUCUUUGGGACUGGAAUCAGCACAACCUGACCAUAAAAACAGGAAAGCUUUUCUUCAAAGGCAACCCAAAGCUCUGCAUGUCCGAGAUCCGCAAGAUGUGGGACAAGACGGGCAUCCAGGGCCGCUUCGAUGAGACCGAUUUCCACAAGAAUGGCUACAGAGCCAGUUGUGAAAGCACUAUCCUGCAAUUUACGCACAACAGCACCAUGAGCACAAGGAUCAAGCUGACAUGGGAGCGCUACCGCCCUCCUGACUACAGAGACCUCAUCAGCUUUGUAGUCUACUACAAGGAGGCUCCAUUUCAGAACAUCACAGAGUUUGAGGGGCAGGAUGGUUGUGGCUCCAACAGCUGGAAUAUGGUGGACGUGGAGCUGAGGCCGGAUAAGGAGUCGGACCCUGGGGUUCUGCUCUCUAGCCUUAAACCGUGGACGCAGUAUGCCAUCUUUGUUAAAGCGAUCACGCUCAUGGUUGAAGACAAACAUAUACUCGGUGCAAAGACCAAGGUGGUUUACAUCCGCACCAGCCCCUCUGCACCCUCCAUGCCUCAGGACGUGCGGGCGUAUUCUAACUCAUCUACUCAGCUGGUGGUACGCUGGUUGCCCCCAGUCUCACCCAAUGGGAACCAGACUUACUACUUGGUGAGAUGGCAACAACAAGCUGAAGACCGGGAACUGUAUCAGCACAACUACUGCUCUAAAGAGCUGAAGAUCCCCAUCAGGAUUGCUGCUACAGGCGUUGGAGAUCCAGAAGAGGACACAAAGCCAACUAAACCAGAUCUUGAUGGGUUAGACAAAGGCCCUUGUUGCCCAUGCCCCAAAUCGGUGGAAGAGCUGGAGGCCGAAGCUGCUGAUGCUUCUUAUAGAAAAGUCUUUGAAAACUUCCUGCACAACUCAAUAUUUACACCAAGGCCCCCAGAUCGACGCCGCAGAGAUCUGUUUGGUGUUGCUAACUCCACUCGAUCUCGCCACCCUCAGCUAUACACCAACAGCUCUGUCCCCCCUUUCCAAUCCGCCGGCAACAGCAGCCUCGCUGACUACGCUGAACCAGAGUACGAGUUCGUGGAGCAGGCGGUGACUGAUCGGGAGCUGCAGAUCUCUGGCCUGAAGCCCUUCACCGUUUAUCGCGUUGACAUUCACGCCUGCAACAGACAGGUUCAGCGCUGCAGCGCAGCCGAGUUUGUCUUCUCCAGAACCAAGCCUGCAGAAAAGGCUGACGACAUCCCAGGCCCCGUGAACUGGGAUGGACAUGAGAACUGGGUGCUUCUGAACUGGCCAGAGCCCCAACAUCCCAACGGCCUCAUCCUCAUGUAUGAGAUAAAGUUUAAACUGGCUGCAGAGGCGGAGAAGCACGAGUGUGUAUCAGGACAAGUGUAUCGGACUCAACGUAGCGUUCGGCUGUCCAAUCUCAGUCCAGGAAACUACUCUGUCAGAGUGAGAGCCACUUCACUGGCUGGCAAUGGCUCCUGGACGCACAAUCUCCAUUUCUAUGUGGCCGAAAGAUAUGAAAACGCCUUCUACGUUAUGAUCUUCGUUCCCAUCUCCAUCAUCCUUCUUAUUUGUUUUCUGGUUGCAAUACUGGUGGUUUUCAACAAGAAAAGGAACAGUGACAGGCUGGGGAAGGGAGUCCUGUAUGCAUCGGUCAACCCUGAAUACUUCAGCGCUGCAGAAAUGUAUGUACCAGAUGAGUGGGAGGUGCCCCGGGAGAAGAUCACCUUGUGCCGGGAGCUCGGCCAGGGCUCGUUUGGUAUGGUGUAUGAGGGCAUAGCUAAAGGCGUAGUCAAAGACGAGCCGGAGACACACGUCGCCGUCAAGACUGUCAAUGAGUCUGCCAGCAUGAGAGAGAGGAUUGAGUUUCUGAAUGAAGCCUCGGUCAUGAAGGAGUUCAACUGCCACCACGUGGUUCGUCUCCUGGGCGUUGUCUCUCAGGGCCAACCCACCCUGGUUAUCAUGGAGUUGAUGACAAGAGGAGACCUGAAGAGUUACUUGCGCUCGCUGCGUCCUAAAGAGCAGCAGUUUUCGAGUCUGUCUCUCCCUCCUCUGAAGAAGAUGCUGCAGAUGGCAGGGCAGAUCGCUGACGGCAUGGCUUACCUCAACGCCAACAAGUUUGUCCACCGAGAUCUGGCUGCCAGGAACUGCAUGGUGGCCGAGGACUUCACAGUUAAGAUUGGAGAUUUUGGCAUGACCAGAGACAUCUAUGAGACAGAUUACUAUCGUAAGGGUGGUAAAGGUUUGCUGCCUGUCCGCUGGAUGUCGCCUGAGUCUCUGAAGGACGGUGUUUUCACCACCAACUCUGAUGUCUGGUCAUUUGGAGUUGUUUUGUGGGAAAUUGCCACGCUGGCAGAGCAGCCUUACCAAGGUCUGUCCAAUGAACAAGUCCUUCGCUUUGUCAUGGAGGGGGGGCUGCUGGAGAAACCACAGAGCUGCCCGGACAUGCUGUUUGAGCUGAUGCGGAUGUGUUGGCAGUACAAUCCUAAAAUGCGUCCGUCCUUUGUGGAGAUCAUCAGCAGCAUAAAGGACGAUCUGGAGCCGUCUUUCUGUGAGGUCAGUUUCUUCUACAGUGCUGACAACAAGCCCGCUGAAACGUCACAGCUCCACAUGGAAAUGCUGGACCACACGGCGGACUUUGCGCUGGACCCCACUUCUUCCGCACAGCAACCCCCCCAGCAGACCCCACACACUCCAGGCUCAGAGCCCCCACCUGCCCCGUCACAAGCCCCCAGCUCUCCGUCCUCCCCCUGCACGUCGAGCUCCAUCAUGGACAAGCAGCCCUUAGGCCAGCAGGCGGCCAACGGGCUCUCGGGGCCAGUUCUCCCGGCCGCCUCGGGGCUCAGCGCGGGCUCAGGCGUCACGAUCCGGCCGUCCUCAGACGAACUGCCGCCAUACGCGCACAUGAACGGAGGACGCAAAAACGAGCGCGCCAUGCCUCUUCCUCAGUCCUCAGCCUGCUGAUAAGACUGACCAGACUGCAAGCGUCCACCUACUGCCGUGAAGAAUCAGACGUCUCAGUACAAGGUGGAUGUGGUUACUCACAGAUCCAAAUGAAGGUGGAGAAAACUGUUGUUCUGUUAUAUCGCCACACACGGUCCCAGCCUGUCCUAGGUUCAGUUUCUACCAGCCGGCUGUCAGAUGUGACACUGCCUCUGCUGCUGAGUAGGAAGACCAAAAAGAAGAAAAAGACUAUAAACUAAAAAAAAAAAUACUUUAAGGAA